AUGAAAUGUGCUGCCGAAAUCUACAAGGAUUCGAAUAUUCCCCCUAUGGAUGUUGAGAUACGACGUGCACUGAUGCCACUGGAACGCUGUAAUGCGCAGUCAUCAAGCACAGCGUCUACUAAAGUAGCUAACAAAAAAGAUUUGGCACAUGAUCGCCAGGCUGCACAAACACGUGGACGAUCUAUUGGAAGCUUUGCAGUAAUAAAUCGACCAUUAGUCAAGGAUGUGGACAAUGAUUUCGAUCUAGAUUUUCCCAAAGGUCUAACUGGUUUGUACAACUUGGGUAAUACCUGCUAUUUCAAUGCUUCCAUCCAAGUUUUAUCCAACUGUCCUCCAUUUUCGGACUAUUUUCGUGACAAGGAAGAUCUACGUCCGUAUGCUACUCAUGAACCGCUUGUGGCUCACACGAUGGUACAGUUAAUCCAAAAGCUGUGGAGCGCUAAACGUGAGCCAGCUGUCUUUCCCAAGGCGUUGCUAGCUCGAGUUCGUGACAGUUAUCCUCAGUUUCGUGGAUGGAUUCAACAGGAUGCUCAAGAGCUAAUUCGCUGCCUUUUGGAAUUGCUUCACAGCGAGCUUGCUCAACCGGUUUAUGACUAUGAAGAUUAUUCUGUGCUUACACCAAGAGAUCUAGAAAGGCAGAACUCUACGAGCUCUAAUGGAAGUGAUCAGUUAGUCAUAGUCGGCUUGAAAAUAUUUCAACUACGGUCAGAAAACGGUUUGAGACUGCAGAUAGUGGGUGGAGUUCUGAUGGCGACACAACGUGUACUUCAACAGGUUCUCGUGCAAGUGCUUCCACUCAUUCUGAAAAGUGACUUGUCUCUUCCCAUCCCAUCGGCAGAGCAUUUGUCGCGAAUUCGGCAAUGCAGUAGCGGAGAUUCGGAAAGUGGAGACGGAAUAGGGAGCGAGUCCAGUGAAGGCUAUAGGCCAUGGUUUUCUUGGCUUCGAUCGCUAAGUGGUAUAUUUAUGACACCGUCCGUUUCACUUGAGGAUUGUUUUUCUGCUUUCUUCUCACCUGAUCGCCUUGUUGGGGACGACAUGUAUUCAUGCGACAGAUGUAAGAAGCUCAGAAACGGUGUGAAAAUCUGUCGCAUCAGCCGUCUUCCUGAAGUGUUGUGUGUACACAUUAAAAGAUUUCGACACGAUUCCUAUUGCAGCUCAAAGAUAUCCACCCGAGUAUCAUUUCCAUUAGUUGAUCUGGACUUGUCGAAUUUCUCGGUAACCUCAGAGAAGGUGCCACUUUAUGAUCUUUGUGGUUUUAUCACUCAUCAAGGAGGCGGAGCAGAUAGUGGACAUUAUUUGGCAUAUUGCCGCAACGAAAUUGACGGGAAUUGGUACGAAUACGACGAUAACAUGUUAACAAAGCUGGACUCUGCUCAUGUCCUCGCGAAAGAAGCAUAUGUUCUUUUCUAUCAGAAGAGACCAUCUGUACUUAUUGAAGCUGCUCGGCGUAGAACUAUGGAGAUGCUAUAUGCUGAGGAGACUGUUAAGGUUCACUCAAAGUCACAACUAUAUAUUUCUUCCGAAUGGCUUUUGAAACUAAGUACAUUUUCUGAUCCGGGACCAGUAACGAACUAUUCGUUUCUGUGCCGGCAUGGUCAUCUUCUACCUCGUCGAGUUGAUUAUCUGUCCAGACUUUGUACACCUGUCCCUGCCGAUCUUGGAUACUAUCUGCUUAAUAAAUUUGGAGGAGGUCCUGCAGUCAACGCAUUACAUUAUUGCUUGGUUUGUGACAAAUACUGGCGUUGGCUACAAGAAAAGAGGGCCGUAGAACAACUAAGAUUCCGGCAGCUUGAAGACGCAAUUCGCUCUACAUUAUGCUCUGGCUCCGUAGAAUCACUAUAUUCAAGUCACCUACCUCCUUCGGUUAUAAGCAGGGCUUGGUUUAUGUCAUGGGAGAAGUUUAUCAAUCAUCCUUGUAGCGAACCACCUGGACCUAUCGACAAUACCGUGCUACUUUGUAAAGCAGUAGAUGGCACCGAACGGUUGAAGCCGCGCUCAAACUUUAUGCGUAUUGAGCGAGAAUUAUAUAUGUUUUUGCGGACGAUCUAUGGCGGUGGACCGGAAGUUUUCUUGAUGGAAGAGCCACAAUGGACUGAAUCGGAGCUUUCGGAAGUAUUAUCUGAAGUUGAAAAAAAGAUGUGGACACCAAAUCCAGAUGUGACUUGCCAACGACUUAACGCUGGAUAG